AUGUCCACGCCGCAGGUGGCAGCGCUGGUGCUCAAGCGCCUUCUGGCCGCCGCAGCGCAGCCCGACGCCAGCUUCGAGGUCGCGGCGGUGGUGACGCAGCCGCCGCGGCCCACGGGGCGCGGCAACCGCAAGGUUCCGCAGCCCUCGCCCGUGCAGGUGCUGGCAGAGGAGGCGGGGCUGCCGGCGGGCGCCAUCCUGGCACCCGAGCGGCCGGGCGACGCGGAGUUCCUGGCGGCGCUGCGCCAGCUGGCACCCGACCUGUGCGUCACGGCGGCGUACGGCAACUACCUCCCCUCCUCCUUCCUGGCCGUCCCGCCCCACGGCACCCUCAACAUCCACCCCUCGCUGCUGCCACGCUACCGCGGCGCCGCGCCAGUGCAGCGCUCGCUGCAGGACGGCGUGCCCAUCACGGGGGUCACCGUGCUGUACACAGUGCGGGCCAUGGAUGCGGGGCCCAUCCUGGCUCAGCAGAAGAUGCCGGUGGACCCCGACAUCCAGGCCCCUGAGCUGCUCAACCGGCUGUUUGAGCUGGGCACCGACCUGCUGGUGGACAACCUGGAGGCAGUGUGGGCGGGCAUGGGCCAGCUGGCGGCUCAGCCGCAGGACGAGGCGGCCGCCACGCAUGCCGCCAAGCUGCAGCGCCACGAGGCGGUGCUGGAUUUCAGCCAGCCAGCCCAGGCGUGCCACAAUAAGGUGCGCGGCUUUGCGGGCUGGCCCGGCACCUUUGCCACCUUCCAGCAGCGCGACGCUGGCGGCGGCGGCGACGCGGGACACGUCGAGCUCAAGAUAGUGCGCACGCGGGUGGCGCAGCCGUCAGAGUGGAGCGGCAGCAGCGAGCGGGAGGUGGCGGUGGGGCGAGAUGCGCUGUUCAUCCGAUGCGGCGACGGCAGUGUGUUGCAGGUCCUGGAGCUGCAAGCCCCCGGCAAGCGGGUCAUGGCUGCCAAGGACUUUGUCAAUGGACUCAAGGGCCGCACGCUGGUGUGGCAGCCAGUGCAGCAGCCAGCAAGAGUGGCGGGGUGA